AUGACCGCUAUUCUUCGAGGCGAGCGAGGCGUCCCACUGUUACACCGGCGAGGCCGAGCAGAGCGUGCGAGCGCCCUUCUCAAGGACUUCCGACAGACGAUCCUCCGCGUUUUAGGCGAGCCGACCUCUGCGCGCAGAGAUAUGGGUGAGGCUCAGCAUUGGUGGGCAUCUAUAGCCCGAUCUGUAGUGGCCGAUUUUGAGUGGACUUGGGAGGACUUUGUAGACCGGUUUGACCGGAAGUUCUUUCCCGAGCAUGUGCGCCAGCAGCGCGCAUUAGAGUUUGAGAUUCUGGUCCAGGGAGACAUGACGGUGUCCCAGUAUGAGGCACGUUUUGUCGCGCUGUCGAGAUUCGCGACCUACCUUGUUGAUGAUGAGGGGCGGAAGGCCCGCCGUUUUGAGAACGGUUUGCGUCCUGCCCUCAGGAGUCGUGUGAUCGGACACAUGCUUCCGACAUUUGAGCAGAUUGUGGAGAGGGCACAGAUUUAUGAGUCAGAUUGGGCCAGUUUGCAGAGAGCCCGUGACCAGAGGGGAGAUCAGAAGAGGAAGGUGCCCUCUGGUAGUUCCCACAAGCAGCAUUGUUUACAGCAGUAA